AAUUAAUUCUCGGAAAACGCAUCUCGCUCAUUUUUUUAUGUUUGAUAUAUUCAAGGUACGAAGUUCAGUUUGAAUAUCAAUGAGUGCGUCUCUGAUUUGAUGUCAUAAAUACAAUUAGACAAUGUAUCCAAGUCAAAUAGAAAAAGAAUUUGAAUUCUUACGAUCUCUCAUUCUACUUCUUCUUUUCCCCCUUCCUUUUUCCAACUUUUGUAAAUACUUUUAAACCACAAGAAUUAUAGAGCUGCUCAAUGAAAUUUGGCGACAAUCUCAAAGGGAAAAUACACGUUCCGUGGGAAUCAUUCUACAUAGAGUACAAUGAGCUCAAACAUGAAAUGAAGCGACGUCAAAUGGAACAUGGAUGGAACGCAACAGACGAAGCUGAGUACAGACAAAAAAUAGAAAACGAACUGAUCAAGGUGCAUCAAUUCAUCGACAAUUCUCUUGGAGAUUUGAAUAAACGCAUUCUUCAUACUGAGGUAAUGAUCAGAGAGCUGAUGAUGUCGACCGAGACCAAGCAGCGAUAUGACGAUAUAGCUGAUACAUUGACCGAGAUCCUGUUUGACUGCAAUGACCUCUCCAAGUUCCUGUGCCUGAACGCUACAGGGUUUGAUAAAUUGAACAAGAAACAUGACAAGCACACACGGAUCGAGUUCUCGGGUGUGUUUCGAAAAGAGCUGCUUUCUCGGUACUCGCUUGAUCGAUUGUCGUUACAGGUGGAUAUCUUGAUCGUCAAGAUCUCGGAGCUUAUUGAUAUCUGUCGAUUGCAUGGUAACCCUCGUAACCCCCAAGAUAAAAAUCUAGAUGACCAGACCGCAUUUGAGCGAGCCACUGCCAAAUUCUGGAUUCACCCAGACUAUAUCACAGAAGUCAAAUCUGUCAUUCUCUUCCACUUGCCAGUCCAUGUGUUCAAUCAAAAGAAGCAGUACGAGGAAGGUGAUAUGGCUGUCUCAAGUGUUUACUUUGACAACAAACAGUUUGAUCUCUACCUGGGUCGAGUUGAACGUGAAGCAGGUGCAGAGGCUAUUCGGUUACGUUGGUACGGUGACAACGAAGAUGACGUCUACGUUGAACGAAAGACGCACAAGGCCGCUUGGCUUGAUGGCAAGUCUGUCAAAGAUAGGUUCAAGCUAAAGCAGACGCUUAUCAAUGACUACCUGGCUGGUCGAUACACCGCAGAUGACCUGGUGGAGGACCUUCGAAUGAAGGCAAAUGGUAAGGCAAGAAGUGAGACUGUCCUGGAAGAAAACCAUUUUGUUGCCUCGGGUAUUCAGGAAUCUGUCAAGGCAAAGGAAUUGGAACCCAUGUGCCGCGUCUUUUAUAAUCGUACCGCAUUUCAGCUACCCGGAGACCAACGUUUACGUAUCAGUAUCGAUUCCAAUUUGACCUUCAUUCGCGAAGACGGAAGCGAGCGUCGACAGUUCAUUGGCCCCAAACAGCUUCAUUGGAAGCGUAAGGACGUUGGUAUUGACUAUCCUUUUAACCAUGUUGUCGAAAACGAUAUCUCACGAUUCCCUUACGCCAUUCUGGAAACCAAGUUGCAGACACAUCUGGGUCAGGAAUGCCCUGCUUGGCUCACGGCCCUUCUCGAUUCUCACUUGGUUUUUGAAGCUCCUCGAUUCUCCAAGUACAUUCAUGGUGCAGCUACUCUCUUCAAGGGUUCGGUUCCCAUUCAACCCUUUUGGAUGCAAGAAUUUGAUAAGGACAUUCGAAGAAGACCUACUGGAAACUAUGGCCUAUCAAGAUCCCAGAGCUUUAAACCACUUGUCAACGGCCACCAUCGUGCGUCUUUAUUGCUACUUUACGAAAGAGAAAUGCAACGAAAUGCAAGAAAAAAGAAUAGAAGCUUGAUUAAUCUUUUUAGUAUAACCGGCUCGUUCAAAAAGCGCAAUGCAAAGCAGGAUCAGCCUCAACAAGAUCCUUCAUCGAAGCCAGGACAGCCAGUAUCACCAACUCAUAUGACCAUUGAUGUUUCAGAGAUAGCAAUGAGUAAAACAUAUAAGGACUUUGUAAAUCGCUUUCAAAAUGUGAGUACACCCAUCCUGACCGGAUCCUUUCUUAAAAGGGGUAGGAGCAACAAAAGAACAUCGCCGCUGUUGCCCCGUGCGCGCAGUAGUCAGUUGUCGAAAAAGGCUGAACCCAAGACGUUCUUUGCAAACGAACGUACAUUUAUCUCUUGGUUACAAUUCUGUGCUCUCUUGCUUACUGUUGCGUUGAAUCUACUAAACUAUGGUGAUCUCAUUUCCAGAGGCAUUGGUGCUACCUUCAUCAUCAUUGGGGCGGCACUGUGCAUAUACGCAUUGAUUAGAUACCAGAUUAGGUCAUGGCAGCUUCGUACUAACCUAAAUCUCAUUCGAUAUGAUGAUAUUUGGGGACCUACUGUUUUGUGUAUUUUACUAGUUGUUGCGUUGAUUGUGAACUUUUAUCUUCGUUUUGAAACUCUCUCUCCUUCCUACCACCAAAAGCCUUCUCAAUAAUAACUAUAGAAAUAAACAAUAAAC